AUGGCGGGCCAUCUACCGUGUGGUAUAAAGGCCGUGAUGGCAUGCUUGUAUGCCUUCCCCUUCACGUACCUACUGGCUCUCCUCAUAACACGGUUGGCUCCAUUCGACGGUGCUGGGAUCACGCAGCUCAUACGAAGCGGUCUCUGCACCAGCAGUUUUACGCAAGACUGGGUGGGGGGAGUUUGGAGCUGUAAGGGUGCGAAAGGCGCGAAGGACGGUUUAAUAUAUUUCCAAGAUGUGUCAUUCUUCACGGACGGUGGGGUCACCGGGGUAACGCUGGUGAGAACCACCAAAACGAAGGAUGGAUUUACGGUGGAUGAGUUAUCCGGCGUCACACAUGCCGCGUACGAACUCAUUCGAGUAUGUCAGAGGCUUGAGGAGCCGCUAAAACGGCAAUCCGACACAAAUACGCACGGCCUCAACCUGCUCAGGGAUGUAUGCCCCUUUUUAGAGGCGCAUAUCGCUAGAAACAUGCCGGACAAAACCCUCGUUGGUCACACGGAUGACACCUGGGAACUUGUUCACGUGCUACUGUCCAGUGUUGGCAAUGUUAAGGGAAUGGCCAUGACCGGCUUUCUAUCGCGAUUGGAACUCGCCCACGACAAGGAACGCACAUCUGCUAAACAAAGGGCCGGCGACCAACACAUCAUCAACAUGCUGCGUCCGGUCGUCAUGUACUUGGCGGAACAUGCGGAGCACCGCCUUCCUGCGGAAAAGAUAACCUCCAAUAAACUUAUAAAGAUGGAGUCGCCACUAUCCCAUGUGGCACAGUAUGCCAUCCCGACAUUUUUAGCACCCGGGAUCGGAGUUGCAAAAGAAACUGUGAUUAGGCUGUUGUCCACGUUUCCAGAGGCGGCUGCCAUGUUCGUAUUCUCCGUGCAGCAGAAACUGGCUGACUACCCGCACCUGGAGGCGGCAACCAUGGACGACAGGCUAGUCUUGCUAGGGAUUUUUAUUGCCAACCUGCAAGUCAUGACAACGACGACGUUUGACUCGCUUGAUGAGUUCUCGAAAAUCGCUUCGAAAACAGGCGUGGACUGGAAGAGGAGGGGCCCCCUCGACGAAUUUUGGGAUCUCGUCGCUAAAGACAAGCGAUCGAGAGCCUUUGUGUUUAAUAUGUUUAACAGAGCAGCACAGCUCACGGUGGAUCCGGGAUUCUUCGACGCGAUGACAUACAACAUCGACAUCGCCACCAGGGUCACGGAUCAUGUAUUGGCCACAUACGGCCUGAAGGCCGACACACCACUUGAACGGUCAAAUCUGAUCGAGAAUGUAGUCUACCACAUGGUACAAAUGUGCAGGUUCUGCGUUGUUGACGCGGACAACACGGGCGAGCUGUCACUCGAGGAAUUCAUCGGUACACUAAUGAGCGAAGGGGACGCCGAGGUCUUCAGAGAACACGUGAGCCAGGUGUCCGACCAACAACAGAACUUGUUUGUUCACUACAACUUCGACUUUAUCAACGGGCGAGCUAAAAUGGCCAAGUUGCACAACCGGAAAGCCCUCGAAGCGAUCAACGAAAAGUACAACGAAGUGCUAGACACCUUCAUGAUCGUCGACACCAACGGGUCGGGGGAGGUGUCCCUGGAAGAGUUUCUUCAACACGCGUAUAUUACUACUCCGCUAACAGCGCUCAACAUGACUCGAUGA